ACAUGCCACAACAGACUGUCAACGACAACGCAACACCUUCAUCCAGCGGACGCCUGCCCAUAGACUUAAUCUGUUUUGGCAAUGUGGUGCAGUCGUAUGGCACUGCGUCGGCUCCAGAGGAUCGCCGCCGCUCCUUUCAACACCGCUGGAGGUCUAGCAAGCACGGCGCAGAGGGAGAUGUCGUCGACCCUGCCGCGGGUGUACAUCACCCGGCAGAUCCCACCCGAGGGCCUGAAGAUCCUGCGUGAAUCUGGACAGGUGCAGUUGGAGCAGUGGGACUCCGACGACGUCCCCGUGCCCAGGAAGGAGCUGCUUCAGAAGGUCAGAGGCAUCGACGCUCUGCUCUGCGUGCUGACUGAAAAGAUCGAUGCAGAACUGUUGGACGCUGCAGGUCCUAACCUGAAGGUCCUCAGCACCAUGUCCGUGGGGUUUGAUCAUCUGUCUUUGGGGGAGCUCAAGAAACGAGGAAUCCGUGUAGGUUACACCCCUGAUGUUCUGACCGACGCCGUCGCUGAGCUGACUGUAGCUCUGCUACUCACCACCUCCAGGAGGCUCGUGGAGGCCGCACACGAAGCAAAGACUGGCGGCUGGGGUACGUGGAGGACCCUUUGGCUGUGUGGGUAUGAGCUGGCCGGCAGCACCGUGGGUAUCCUCGGCCUAGGCAGGAUAGGCGUGGCGAUCGCUGAGCGUCUGGCGCCUUUCAAAGUGAAGAAGUUCAUCUACACGGACGUCGCCCCCAGGCCUGAGCUGGCCAGUCUCAUCAACGCAGAAUACGUCUCCAUGGACGAACUUGCGAGGCAGUCAGAUUUCCUGAGCGUGUGCUGCGCUCUAACACCCGAAACCAAGGAGAUCUGCAACAAGGAGAUGUUUUCCAAAAUGAAAAACACCUCCAUAUUUAUCAACACAAGCAGAGGUGGGGUGGUGAACCAGGAAGACCUGUACGAGGCUCUGUCCACCGGCCAAAUAGCAGGAGCCGGGUUAGACGUCACCGUCCCUGAGCCUCUGCCCACCAGCCACCCGCUGUUCACCUUAAAAAACUGCGUGAUUCUUCCACACAUCGCUAGCGCCUCCUACGCAACCCGCAAUGCCAUGUCCACCCUGGCUGCAAACAACCUCCUCCUCGGCCUGCGGGGUGAGCCGAUGAUCAAAGGGCUCAAGCUUUGAGACUAAACCAGUUAAACUCUGAGAACUGAUUAAAUAACGGAUAUGAAUCCCUUUUCAAAUCUAAUUUUCUUCAGAGGACUGAGAUAAUAAGUCCUGGAUGAUUCCUCCCUCUAAAUGUCCCUUUUGUCAGCUUGUAUUUCAUAAAAACGUCACAAACAAACUCGA